AUGGCCUCCAAAAACACCGAGGAAGACAGCAACGACACCGACAAGCACAACUCACCCAUCGACCGCCUCUGCGACGACGUCCUGAGCAUCGUCGUGUCCUACGCCGACCACAGAAGCACGACGCGAAGCCGCGCCGCGUCGCGGCGCCUCCUGCGCCUCGCGUCGGCCCCGCCGCUCUGGCGGCGCCUCGCGCGGCGUCGCUACGGCUGCGUCUCGGCGCUCGUCGACGCCGCGCCGUUGCGCGCCUUCGGCCGCCGCUGCGGCGCCGAGGCCGACGCGGUCAUCGUCUACGCCGUCGCGCAGCGCUGCGCGCUCGACGGGUCCGCGGGCGCCGUCGCGGGCGAGUGCGCCGUCGCGCCGGGCGGCUACCCCGCGUGGUGGCGCCAGGUCGCGUCCGCGGCCGCGCGGCGCGCCAUGUCCGCGCGCGGCGGCCAGGUCGUGUCCAUCGAGGUCGGCAACCUGCUGCCGGAGCACGAGGCCAUCGUGGAACGACGCCGGGGCCUCAGCAAAUUAGUGCUCGUGACGACGGGCUGCGACUGGGACGGGCCGGAGACCGUGGGCACCUUCUACGCCUGCCUCGCCGUGCUGCCCGUCGUCGACGCGUCGCCCAACGGCCGGGUUUACCUCGGCCGGCGGAAGCGGGCGACGGCGUACGUCGCCCAGGUCCGCGACCAAUUCGCGCGACGCGCGCUCGACGACGUCGCGCGGUCCACGACGCCGUGGCUCCUCGACGGCGACAUCCGGUCCACCCCGGUGCUGUUGCCCUUCCCGACGCCCUGCGCCGCGCCGACGCCCUUCGCCAUCGACGUCGCGUCCUUCCUCGAGAGCGCGAUGGCGCGCGCGAACGCCGAGAUCCGCGCGGCGGAGUAG